AUGGAGGACGACAAGACUGCAAAAGUCAAGAAGAAGAGUGCCACUCACCGCAAGUCCCUUUCCUGCGAAUAUUGCAGUCGCUCGUUCGCCCGCUUGGAACAUCUCCAACGCCAUCUCCGCACCCAUACCAAAGAAAAACCUUUCUCAUGUGACAUUUGCUCCAAGUCCUUCGCCCGGAGUGACCUGCUGGUGCGACAUGAGCGAUUGGUGCACCCUGCCGAAACUGCGGCCGGUCGAGAACACCGCGCUCAUAACGGCGAUAACCAUCACCACGAGAUUUCAAUUCAGUCGACGAUAAUUCAGCCCGCUGCACACCAUGAAUCCCGCAUGUUAGAGCUGGCCGAUGCUAUCCCGGUCCAUACCCAAGUUCCCCCUCCACCUCCCGAGGUGCAGGUUCAACCACCCCCGAUCGUCGAGACCACCCAUUUCAAUCCCUCUUGGGGCUACGAUUUGAAUCUACUGUCGCACGCUGCUAGUCAUGUCGCACUGGAAGGACAGCAGGAGAACUUGGAGUCCAUGCGAAAACCAUCCCAUGCGAUCGGCACGCCAUCUCAACCUUUACCACCGGUCCCGGAGAGAGGAAUUACCGAUAAUUAUGGUGUAGAACCGUCGAUUCUCGACCUCACAGACUUGGGUGACCCGGUCCAAGACUUUACCGUUUUCCUAGAGAGCGUGGGCUUGUCGUCCGACUGGGACUCGGGGGUCUUCUCGUCGGUCGAAGAACCCAUGUUGCCGCCGAGUCUAUCAAUGGAUUCCAAGCAGCAAGUGAGGGAGGCUACCGCGUCGACGAGGUUAGGAGGUGAUCUAAUGAGCGACCCACGCGGUCCGGCAGACGAGCAGCCUUCUUUCUCAAAUUUCGGGUCCAGGUUACCGUCUCUACAGCCCGAGUCUCACGAGAUUGAGGAUCGUAUUGGUCUGUCCGAUGAGGGCUCCCGGCCUGCAUGGGAUAUAACCAAUACCGAUCGCCAAAUCUUUGUCCAAAAAUUGGAAGAAUUCUCCUUUGUUCUUCCCAAGGGGUUUGUUCCUCCAUCACGGCAUACCCUAUCUCGCUUCUUCGCGGGGUAUAUUAACGGUUUGAAUGAACAUCUUCCGUUUGUGCAUGUGCCGACAUUGUCAAUUGCCAAGUGCUCUCCAGAGCUCACAUUGGCUACGGCAGCUGCCGGAUCACAUUAUCGCUUUGAAAACGGUCGAGGAAUUGACCUCUUCCAUGCGGCCAAAGCCAUUCUAUUAGAGCGCCUUCGCCGCAGGGAUAGCCGGCAAGUGCCUCAGCCAUCGUGGAAUUAUAUUUCUCCUCCCUCGGGCUUCCACAACUCGCGUGGUUCGUCGAUGAUCUCGAACACAGCGAGCAGCCCGUUUCAGAGUCAGCAUAUGCAUAAUCCGCCCGUGAACCCUUCCAUCUAUACCCCCGAUGACUCUGAUGCACAUAUGGAAGUGAUACGGACGUUCCUGCUACUGACCGUAUUUGCUUCAUGGGAGAGACACCCGGAACUUCUGCGGGAGAUUCUCUCGCUGCAAAGCACAUUGGCAAGACUCGUCCGAGAACAUGGUUUGGCUGAGCUUCCCCCUACACCAGAGCCUAUCAGCUGGGAAGAGUGGGUUCGUAGAGAAGGUAACAGACGGACGAAAAUGAUUGUCUACUGUUUCUUCAAUCUCCACUCCAUUAUGUACAAUAUUCCUCCCCUGAUUCUCAAUGGGGAGCUGAAAUUGAACAUGCCUUGCUCCCACGACCUCUGGAAGGCCAAUAAUGCCGCCCAAUGGCGGCGCCUUCAACGUCUCCGACAAGGCUCGGAUGUCCCCUUCCAAGACGCAUUUGCCCGACUCUUCAUGAAAUCCUCGACCUCCUUCCCUCCAGCUCCUAUAUCUCCCUUGGGUAACUAUAUCCUGAUCCACGCCAUUAUACAGCAAAUCUUCUUUGCUCGCCAACUCUGUCUAUCAGCCCCGAAUAUGCAAGGGACCAGCCUGCGACAGGAAGAUCUCAACGUGUUGGAUAACUCGUUGGGUGCCUGGAAGGCAUUGUGGAAACGCACGCCGGAAUCCAGCAUCGACCCUCAGAAUCCUGCUGGCCCUAUUGCAUUCACCUCGACUGCACUUCUGGGUCUCGCAUAUAUUCGACUUCACGUCGAUCUGGGACCUUGUCGCCACCUGAUUACCCAAGAUCCGCAUCAAAUUGCCUCAGCUCUCGGGGAAUCCCCACCUCUCGUCCGCAGUCCGCGCCUGAUCAUGGCACUGCUGCACUCUGCACACGCCCUCUCGAUUCCAGUAAGACUGGGCAUCGACUUUGUUGCUCGCACGCACUCAUUCUUCUGGAGUAUCCAGCACUCGCUGUGCAGUUUGGAAUGUGCGUUCUUGCUCAGUCGCUGGCUGCUCGCCAUCCCCGCGACACAGUCUGAGCAGCGACUAUCGGAACACGAGCGGAAACUCCUCCUGUGGAUCAAGAGCAUGAUGGAUGAAACCGACAUGGCUGUUGAUCCACCCGGAGCGCCGGACCUGGAGUUCAUGGCGAAUCCGUACAAGGUGCGCCAGCUCAGCGUUGCGAUUGUGCGUGUGUGGGCGCGUACUUUCAAGGGGAAUACCAGCUGGGCGAUUGUGGACUUGGUUGGAUCUAGUUUGGAUGCCUAUGCCGAUCUCUUGGAGACCUGGACUGCCUCCUAG